AAAAAAAUUUCUUCCCAUUUGCAAUAGAAAGAGGACCCCCUUAGAUAGUUUACCCCCCCCCCCCCCCCCCCUACUACCCUAAAGGAUUACCCACCUUUUUAAAACGCUUCUUCCUUCCACCCGACGUAGAUUUCUCCAAACAAAAUGAAGGCAAGCGCAGAGGUGCUUGUCAUCCCGUCGCUGCAUGACAACUUCGCCUACGUCAUAAUUGAUGAGAAAACGAAGAAGGCUGCCUGUGUAGACCCAGUGGAGCCAGAAAAGAUACUCAGGAAAAUCGAAAACUUGAGCGUCGACUUGGAGUACGUCCUCUGCACGCAUCACCAUUAUGACCAUUCAGGAGGGAACAUACGCAUGAAGGAGCUGAAGAAAAAAAUUAAAGUCGUCGGGUCGGCGUACGAAUCGACCCCGGGUGUCAGUGAAAAGGUUUACGACAGCCAGAUUGUUCGUCUAGGCGAGCUGUGCAUAAAGGCCAUCCACGCGCCGUGCCACACGAAGGGGCACAUCAUGUAUUACGUGUACAAAAUGGACGACCAGAAAAACGAAGACAACAACUACGCGCCCAUUUUGUUCACGGGAGACACCCUGUUCAUUGCCGGGUGCGGCAGGUUCUUCGAGGGCAGCGCCAGGGAGAUGUUUAAGAAUAUAGAAAAGGUUAAGGGGUAUCGCAAGGAGACGCUCAUUUACUGCGGACAUGAGUACACCCUCAACAAUUUGAGAUUCGCGAUGAGCAUCGAAAACGACAACGAACACAUGAAGAACAAAAUGAAGGAGGCAGAAGAAAAAGUCAACAGCAGAAAGCCAUCCGUCCCGUCCACCAUCGAACAGGAAAACCUCAUCAACCCCUUUUUCAGAACCCAUCAUUACACGGACAAAUUUAACACAACAGAUGAGGUGAAGAUAUUGGACAAGCUACGGGAGUUGAAGAACAAUUUUUAGUUGGUAGGACGGGUGGGUACUCCUGCGCUGUUCUACGCAUGUGUUGGAUGGGGGACACAUGACUGGGUCAUCCCAAAGAGAAGCCAAACAGGCGGAGCCAACCGAGCAGUGGCACGCCCUACACGUCUCCACUGCGUUUAUAAAAAAGGUUCAUUCAGCCCACCCGUUUAGCACCUUCCACGGGGGCAUCCUUACAUGUGCGUGACUUCCCCGAUGUGGAAGAGCGCAGCACACCUUGAGAAGCAAUGACGUGGUCAAUAGCACAGCCACCCUGAGGUGCGUAUUCUCCUCCGCUCGCCAAAUCAAACGCGUUUGUUCACGAACUCCUUUUUAAAGAUGAAAAAAAUCGGCCCCCCGGCAGAGGCCGUACAAUGGGCGUAACCGCGGGCGCGAAAUUGACAUAAAAAUGGGCGCAAAAAGGGGCACAAAAAAGUGACAUAAAAAUGGACGCAAAAAUUGACAUAAAAAUGGGCGCAAAAAAGGGCGC